UGUCUCUCCCCAGGCAGAGACUAGAGGGCGCCCCCUCCCCAUAAGGAGGCCACCCGUGACAUCUUGCAUUCCCAGCGCAGCCUGUCAGUUCUCAGCCUGGACAAGUCAGAGAGGCCUGACGAGGGGAAGCCUCAAAGCAGACAAAGCAAGGGAGAGGGAGCUGAUGGGGGAGGAGAGGGACUUGGCGUGGGCCCAGGACCCGACUGGCCACAGCACGUGGGAUCACGGAGGAGCCCGAAAGACCCGGUGAAAAUGGAAGUCUACAGGGAGGCAGGUUCAGCUGCAGAGGAGGCAGGCGGUGAGCUGAGCCCUUACACCCAGACCGCGGGGGCGGAGGGCUGGGGAUGGGUUUCAUUUCCCAUCUCAGCCCCGCCCCUCGCAGUUCCUGUAAGUUCUCAAAGGGGAAGCGGCGGGCCAGCCCAGCACUACUAAAAGCCCAGGAGCCUGCAAUCCAGGCACUGUGCUGCUGCAGGGGGACCUGGACCAUCCCAGCCUGGAUAGACUGGCAGCAGAGCUCCUGGUGCGGACUCAGGUGGGGGAAAAAAAAAAAAACAUGAAUCAUUCGUCACCAAAAUCUGGGAGGUUCAAAUCAUCUUUAGUAAAAAAUGACCUUCAUGACAAGUCAGAGAAACAUCAGGAAAUGGGCUCUGAGAGGAAUCUCUGCAAGCACUAUGAGGAGAAGGUGCGCCCUUGCAUCGACCUCAUCGACUCCCUGCGGGCCCUGGGUGUGGAGCAGGACCUGGCCCUGCCCGCCAUCGCCGUCAUCGGGGACCAGAGUUCAGGGAAGAGCUCUGUGCUGGAAGCUCUGUCUGGAGUCGCCCUCCCCCGAGGCAGUGGGAUCGUCACGAGGUGCCCGCUGGUACUGAAACUGAAGAAGCUAAAGAAGGGAGAGGACUGGAGCGCCAAGAUCAGCUAUGAGGGAAUCCAGAGAGAGUUCUCAGAGCCGUCAGAGGUUGAAGAGGAGAUCAAUAAAGCCCAGAAUUUAAUUGCUGGGAAAGGACUACAGAUCAGCCACAACCUCAUUGACCUUGAAGUCAGGUCACCACGUGUUCCUGAUCUGACUCUGAUCGACUUGCCUGGGAUCACCAGGGUGCCCGUGGGCAACCAGCCUGCAGAUAUCGAACAGCAGAUAAAGAGACUCAUCAGGACAUACAUCAAAAAGCAGGAGACGAUUAACUUGGUGGUUGUCCCCAGCAAUGUGGACAUCGCCACCACGGAGGCUCUGAGCAUGGCACAGGAGGUGGACCCCGAAGGAGACAGGACCAUAGGCAUCCUGACCAAGCCUGACCUGGUGGACAAGGGCACUGAGGACAAGGUCGUUGAUGUGGUGCGGAACCUCGUGUGCCACCUGAAGAAGGGUUACAUGAUCGUCAAGUGCCGGAGCCAGAAGGACAUCCAGAUGCAGCUGAGCCUGGAUGAGGCUCUGAGGAAGGAAGAGGACUUCUUCAAGGAUCACCCGCAGUUCAGGACUCUUCUGGAGGAUGGGAAGGCCACUGUGCCCUGCCUGGCAGAACAACUGACCACCGAGCUCAUCACCCACAUCUCUAAAUCUCUGCCCAAACUGGAGGAUGAAAUAAAACAGAGUCGCCAGAAAGCCAGUGAGGAGCUGCAGACGUAUGGUAUGGACACGCCUGAAGAUGACGAUCAGAGAAGAUUCUUUCUGAUCGAGAAAAUCAAUGCAUUCAAUAAGGAGAUCUCUGCUUUAGUGCAAGCUCAGGAAGCCGUGCCAGAUGGAGGCAGCCGGCUGUUUACGAAACUGCGACGUGAGUUCCAACUGUGGAACACGAUAGUGAAGGACCACUUCCAAGACGGUCAUGAUGUUUUACAUGAAGAAAUUUCAAAAUUUGAAAAUCAGUAUCGUGGCCGGGAGUUGCCAGGAUUUGUGAAUUAUAAGACAUUUGAGAUGAUCAUAAAAAAGCAAAUCAAAGCCCUGGAGCAGCCAGCUGUGGAAAUUCUGCACAAGGUCACUGAACUGGUGCGACUUGCCUUCACAGAUGCUUCCCUAAAAAAUUUCCAUGAGUUUUUCAACCUCCACAGAGCUGCCAAGUGCAAGAUUGAAGACAUUCGCUUAGAACAAGAGAGGGAAGCGGAGAAGUUGAUCCGGCUUCACCUCCAGAUGGAGCAGAUCGUCUACUGCCAGGACGAAGUUUACAGGGGAACUUUGCAGAAGGUCAGAGAGAAGGAAGCUGAGGAGCAGAAGCAAAAACCAGUCGUGCUCUUUGGUUCUGUCUCUCCUCCAAAGAACCCGUCCCUGUCCGAAAUGCUCCAGCAUCUAACCACCUACUGCCUAGAGGCCAAGAGGAACAUCGGGAGACAAAUCCCCCUGAUCAUCCAGUACUUCGUCCUGCAGACGGCCGGGGAGCGGCUGGAGAGCCACAUGCUCCAGCUUCUGCAGGACAGCGACGCCUGCAGCUGGCUCUUGGAGGAACGCCGCGACACCAGGGAGAGGCGGAAGUUCCUCAAGAAGCGCCUGGCCCGGCUGACCCAGGCUCAGCAAAAGCUGGCCAAGUUCUCCAACUGACCAGGCCUGGCCUGGCUCUGCAUAGCUUGUCUCCCCGACAGCCGCCUCUCCUGCUUAGCAGAUAGCGACGGUGUCAUCGUCAACUCGGUUCCCAGUGAGUCUCUUGCUACUGACGCUUUCUCCGAUUCAUUCUGUACCUGGGGGAGGGGCUGAACCCCACAGGAGCAGGGGCAGGUGGAACAAAGGAAGGGGCACAAAGACACCCUCCCUGGUAGGCUGGGGAGGGGGCAUCGAGCAGCGUCCCAGUGUUCACUUGGGGAAAUGUUCAGCUCAGGGAAGCGGGACACGCGUGGAGCCCUUGCAAGGACAGAACCACGGCGACAGCCACGCGUUCUUGGUUGCUAGCGUAGGGCGAGGAGCCCACGGGAAGUGCUGCACGCUGUGACUCAUCUAGGGAGAAACCCGUGUGGUGGGGAAGGCCCAAGUAGAAUGGCCUUUUGCUCUCACAGUGGACGAAUGUGCCCAUCUCUCUCCCGCCCCAAAGUCCUGCUGGGCUGAGGCAUGGCAGUUCCCUCUGGAGACUUGAAACAUUCCUUCCUGGAGGAUGCAGCUUCCGGGGCAGUCAACCACGCCUGGGCGGACUUUCUUUCUUUCUUUUCUCAAUUUUUAUUAACAUUUUCCUUGAUUAUAAAAAGUAUCCCAAGGUACUACCCUCCCUCCCCCUUCUUUCCCCUUCGAAAUUCCAUUCUCCAUCA